CUUACCGUGGAGGAACCACAAGAACAUCAACAGGAGCCGAGAGCCUCUCCUGGAUCACAGAAGCUCGUAAAGGUGGAGCUGGUUGAGACUGACGAGGAUGAGGCAACACCUUCGUAUUUCGGCCAUCUGUUCUUCAAGGCGUUCUGCUUGUUCCAGGAUUUGCAUAAUAUGCGGGUAUUUAUCUCCCACACCUGGUCGGAAUAUCGAGGAAAAAAGAUCGAUCUCAUGAAUGCGGCUCUCGUGACUGAUAGCGCAUUGCAACUGGCGCGAGAUCUGGUGCAGGAGGUGGUGGAUGACUGGGCUUCUGCCACCAUUUCUCACGAUGAAAAUAUUCAGGACCUGGUUUUCAAAGCUGCCUGCGUCACCCGGCGUAUCCUUCCGAUUCCAUCCGCUGAAAUCGGCCUGCCAUACAACCAACACAUGGCCGACGUAGCCGAGUGGUGCUAUUUGCCAACGCGGGUUAUCCUGGAAUCGUUCGCACGUGUUUUGCAGGAUAAUCAUCUUCCGGUCUUUAAGAAGGGCUAUUUCGGUAUUUAUGACCCGAAGGCAAACCGAGCGGGGAUGUCUCUGGGUCAGAAAUUCAACGAAGACAAGAUCCUUCUUCUUCAACUCUUGCCGGAGUUUUGCAUGAUCGAUACAUUCGGUAUCCGCAUGCCUAGCUCGGAUUCGAUUACUAGAGGUCUUGUUGAGUUUUGCAAAACCAAAAAGCUUGAUCCUUGGCUUUGCUUCGCCUGCCAAAUCCUGCUUGAUGUUCAUCAUACCAUGCGUUACAACACUUUAAGUGCAUUCGACGACCUCCGGAUGUCCGGACUGCGCAUUCAAAAAAUCAUUGAUGACUACUGGAAGAUUUCGAAGACCCAUCCACAACCCCCAUUCUGGCCGAAGGAGGGUGACGAUGAGAUCAAAGAUAUCCACUUCACCGUGGAUUCAUGGAUCAUCAAGGAUCCCUUCGCAGAGCUGAGGCGUCGUUCAAUGCCAGGGAAUAGUGCGCUCGAGAAACACGUCCUUUUCUCCCAGCAUUCUAUUCUUUGUGGCUUGACAUUGUUUCAUCUCAACAUUCGGAUGCAGUCCGUUGGCCAACAACUCGUGACUCAGUGGUACGAUGUCCAACAACUGGCAUUCUUAUACAAUCUGGUGAAAAUUCAAACGCACAAGAACCUGAGCUGGCCUGAUAUGGAGGCUUUUAUCAAGAUUCACGGCGAAUCUCAUAUAUUCAUUGGGUCUCGACCAAAGAAUGCUGCCGAGUCGUUAAAUAGACUUGAACUGGCCACAGGCAUAUCCUCGGUUGCCAGAUUUGCCCGUGAUUCCCGUAACAGGGAAGGCUUCCAUCGCCCCGAUGGAAAGAAUUCCAGGGUACUUACGCCCACCACUGCAAUUUCAACAAUGUUUCGAGCCCAGUUUGUUGCUGGCUUUGAGGAAGGUGAUGGUAUUGGAAACAUUGACAAGAUCUUGAGUAAGCUUUCGCAAGAGCCAUGUCACAGGUUCAGCAGCAAGGAGCUGCAACCAUCCGAUACACAAAAAACGUUACAUCCUCGCAACAUCGGCACACUGCAACUUCUCGCCCUCAUGAAGAGUCGGCUGGCCGAAGAAGAGCCUCUGAUCUUGUUUAACUACUUUGGCAUGCAUAAACGUGCUAUUGAGCUCCUGAGACUGAUCAAAGCGAAAGAGCACCAUAAAUUUGUCCAAUAUUUCACUGCAGAUUAUAUGCCAGAUGAGUCCUUUAUCUCAAACAUCGUACUUCUGAUUCAUCAUGUCGCCCGAGGGUCGGCGGCAAGUUCUCGGGCGUUGGGCAUCUCACCCACAACAAGCAAUGGCACCCAGGUUGUCAGUCGAAUUGUCAUGAGUUGUGGUGAUGUCAUGAAAGAAUAUCUGCAGAGGAAUGGCGACGUGGCCUGCAAAGAGCUAAGGGUCUUCUCCAAGAGCAAAAAGGCUAUCCUGGAUGAGGUCAAUAAUGACAAGGGCAGAUCUGAAGAGCUUCAGUAUUGGUUCAACAUUGAAGAGGCUUUGGACCCAAAGGUUCUUGCCUCGUUCAUGACUGGAAUCCUGAUUGCUUAGGCGGGUGAUGGCUCUGGCAUUGUAAUCUACGAUCUAGUAGACAUCGUUUCAGCGUGAGCAAUAAUGGACUACACAGCUGGUUCUGAGCUGUAUCAGCACGGAAGAUAAAUGAUAUCUCUCCCAAACUAUGAGAGUAGAAUCUCUCUGUACUUAAAUAUUACAUAACUCGGGGUUAUAGUUAAUCUUUACUACUAUGCUAGAAUGUGCG